AUGGGCAAUCUAGGUGACUUGUCGCCAGAGGGUAGCGUGGCGGUUGGUGUGGUCGUCGGAUUGAUCUCAACAAGUCUACAAGCAAUCGGGCUCACGCUCCAGCGCAAGUCGCAUCUCCUCGAAGACGAGAAGCACCCAUACGAUCUCCGCAGACCCCCUUAUAAGCGCCGACGAUGGCAACUAGGAAUGGGCAUGUUUGUGAUCUCCAAUAUCGUGGGAAGCACUAUUCAAAUCACGACGCUCCCUCUCCCGGUUCUUUCGACGCUUCAAGCGUCCGGACUGGUGUUUAAUACGAUAUUCGCUACAUUAAUACUCGGUGAACCCUUUACUCGAUACUCGCUCGCGGGAACCGUUCUUGUUUGCAUCGGCGCACUGCUGAUUGCCACGUUUGGCGCCAUCGGAGAACCGGCACACACCCUAGACCAGCUUCUCGGGCUGUUGCAGCGACGGCCGUUCCUUCUAUGGAUGGGAGCGACAACUUUGCUGGUUGUUAUCAUACUAGUAGGCAUGAAAUUGCUGAAACAUCUCGUGCCCUCAUAUCGCGCGAAACCGUCGGCGUCCGGGCAUUUUACGCCGCAUUUGCUGCGGCAUCAAAGUAGAAUGAGACUGCUGAGGGGAAUGAGCUAUGGAUUCGUGAGUGGUAUACUGUCGGCUCAUUCUUUACUGUUAGCGAAAUCAGCAGUGGAACUGCUGGUUCGGACAAUCGUGGACGGUGUGAACCAAUUCAACCGUUGGCAGUCAUGGGUGAUUCUCUUAGGAAUGAUCUUUUUGGCGCUGACACAGCUGUUCUACCUACACCGGGGGUUGAAAUUGUGCAGCACAAGUGUUCUAUAUCCCUUCGUUUUCUGCAUCUACAACAUCAUCGCGAUAAUGGAUGGCUUGAUCUACUUCCGACAAGUGUCGCAGUUGGCAGGUUUCCACGCCGGUCUCAUCGCCUUGGGCACCAUCAUUCUCCUAGCCGGUGUUCUAUGUCUGUCUUGGCGACUGGAGGAUAUCGACAACCACGCCGCUGUCACAACAGUGGGGCCUACACAGACCGGCCUCGGACCAGGAAUGGCAGUCAUGGAAGAGCACACCCCAACAUCACCCGGGUGGCUUGACGGGCCAGCCGAUGAAUCCAACAUUGGAGAACGCGAACCGCUCAUAAACUCCAACCUUAACACUCGAAACCUUCUAUACCAGCGUGGGCGAGCUCCAAGCUUGCCACUCAACCUACACUUCGACCAUCGCGACUCUGCCGACCUCAACCCCGCCUCCAUCUGGGCCGAUCUCGACGACUCGGAUUAUGAAUCUGAUCAUGGGCAGAAACGACCUUACGCAGAUCGGCCACGCAGUAACAGUGGCGGCGAGGCUCCAAGCAACCCUUCACGAGGGCUGGCGCGACACUCGACAAUCAGCGCCGGCACCCAAGAUCGAUGGACGUCUCGGCAGAACCAACGAACCCGUAUAUCAGCGCCAUGGGGAGGGACAUCGAUCGGUCAUCGCAAGCGACGAAGCACAGGCACUUGGAUCCCGUCCAACCGCGAAGUCGGCGGAUAUGGAACAAUUCCAGAAAACGGCGGCGAAAUCCCAGAUAGCGAAUGUAUCGCCCAUCAAUCCUCCAGCACUAUGCCUGGUCUUCUUGCUGGCUCAAGAAGGGCUUUGGCAGGUGCCUGGACGUCUGGAAGACGCUUCCUAUUCCGAAGCAGCCCGCAGGCGGGCAGUGAGGCUGAUGCCGACGCAGACGAUCCUUCUUCCUCUCUGCUUCCGAGACCUUCCUAG